AUGCGGAUCCGCAGGUCCGCCUCCCACCUGCUGGGCGGCGCGGCCGUUGCCAUCGCCAUCGCCCCCACCACCGCCCCCUCACCCUCUGACCCGCUUCGAUUCGAGCAGUCCCCGUCGCCGCCGGCGGCGACGACGGACCCAGCCCCCGAAUCCAGCGGCGACCUCGUUGCGCCCGAGGCCUCCUCCUGUGGGGAUCCCUGCUGCGACCUCAACCAAUCGCCGUGGGACCUCAUGGCCGAGCUCGACCUCUCGGAUCCCGAGGUAAUACCGCCGCCACCACGCCCCUCUCUCUCCAUCUCACUCUCCUGCCUUCCCGCUGUGGAGGAACACUUCGAGAAGACUUACUUCGUCGGAACCACACGAAGAGCUAGUUGGCUCUUCCCAUCCGAUAUCAUCAUGCCCAACGGCUCCAUCAAGGAGAAGACAACUGUAAAUAUGGUCGAUGAGGUCACCCACAUGGAUACAAAAACGUUGGUGGGGAAGAAGAAUGAGAGGAAGCCUAAGAGGAAUAAAGGGAUCAAAAUCAAGAAGGGAGUGUGGACAUGCAAGAAGUGGGACGACAAGAAGGCACAUAACAAGAGGCCCGCCGUUGAGAUGGGCAACGCGUUCUACUAUUACGGCGGGUUUGGCCCCUCACGCAGCACCAAAAGGCAUUGCAGAUCAAGCGGUCGUAGUAGUGUGCUCGAAGAACCUCCAAUUAAACAACAGAAAGAUGAGGCAUGCCCUAAAACUCGCUUUGGUUUUAGUGCAGGUCAGGUUGAUGACACCGACCAUGUUGUUCCGGAAUCAAUACGAGUUGAGGAACCUAGGCUAAAUGGGAGCAAUGCCGACAUUCUUAGUUGUGAUCAGGAGAGCAGUGACAAUGAGGUUCUUGGUUGCUAUGAAAAACAACUGCACGACAUUACUAUGAGGAAGAGCCCAUUCAAGAAGAGGUGGAGGAAGCCUUUCAAAGCUCGGUCACUCAAGUCGUUGAUGUAAUUUUGUGGCCCAAGAGAAGCUUGGUAUACCUAUCUUGGCUCGAUGACUUUGUGUACUUAGCUCAACAUUGUGUGCUCCAGUUUUGGUGCUAAGUUACUGAUCAAUGUACAAGUUGUAUUGUAUUUUUUGCUUCAUUGUAUUUUAAUUGCGUUGUGGCGUUGAAACU